AGCAGGCAAGCCAGGUUGCUCAGCCUCUGCAAUGAUUGUCGCUCUCCAUCUCUAUUAAUUGCAUCAACCACUUAAUCAAAGCAUUGUGCAAAUAUUGAAAAACUAAAUCUACAUACUUGUAAAUUUCCCUUUCAAUUCGGCUUGAAAAUUGCUUAGCAUUUACACGUAUUGAUUAAAACCACUUUGAUAUGACUAUGAGAUUAACAUUAACCUUAAACUGACCCCUUCAUUUGUGGAAUUCUGAAUAUUAACAUCUCCCUUUCUUUCAUUCUUAUCUUUUACUUAAUUUAAUUCCUCUUCUGGUGAAUAAUUUCCUGGAAAACAAUCCUUCCGUUUAAUUUCUCCUUUCUUCAGGUGAGGUUGCAUAAUUGGUAUGGAGUCAAUGAGAGGUCAAGGAGGCAUUCAGAUGCUGCUAACUGCAGAACAGGAAGCACAACAUAUAGUUUCUGCAGCUAGAAACUUGAAGAUGACAAGGUUAAAGCAAGCUAAAGAUGAAGCUGAGAAAGAAAUGGCUAACUAUCGAACCCAUUUAGAGUCUGAAUAUCAAAACAAACUCUCCGAGACAAGUGGGAAUUCUGGGAAUACUGUGAAAAGACUUGAUGAAGAAACUGAAGUAAAGAUUAAGAAUUUGAAGGAAUCAGCCUCCAAAGUCCAGUCAGAUGUUGUAGCUAUGCUCUUGAAGUAUGUUACUACUGUUUAGCCCUGCUUUUUCAAGGUUGGUAAUAAAAUAAAUUUUAAUUAGCAUCAGAUUCAGAGCCGUACCACCCUUCAACUCUUUGGUUUUGUAUGGUACUCGAUAUGAAUAUUCACCUAAAAUUCAUAACCAUAUCGAUUAAUUUUUC